CGUGGGCAGCGUGGCUCGUCAAGUUCGAUAACUUCACCUACAGCGGCGUGCUCCGCGGCGGACGACUGGCAGGUGUUUCACCUUAUAAUUAAAAUGAAAGUAUAGUUUUAUUGUCCUGAGGCGACGCACUGAAGGCAUACUUUUGGGAAAAACCUAUACAACAUCGACCCGCAGAUCGCCGUCGGCCAUUUAACAUUGCCAUCCAAGAUGAACGCUAAUGGACCAGCCUACCCUCUAGCUUCACUGUAUGUAGGGGACCUACAUUCUGACGUGACAGAGGCCAUGCUGUACCAGAAGUUCUCACCUGCAGGGCCAAUCAUGUCGAUUCGGGUGUGCCGCGACCUCAUCACACGCCGAUCUCUAGGAUAUGCAUACAUAAAUUUCCAGCAACCAGCUGAUGCUGAGUGUGCCUUGGAUACAAUGAACUAUGAAGUGAUCAAGGGUCGUCCCAUCAGAAUAAUGUGGUCUCAGCGGGACCCAGGACUGAGGAAAUCGGGUGUGGGAAAUGUGUUCAUCAAAAACAUGGAUGAUUCCAUUGACAACAAGGCCCUGUAUGACACAUUCUCAGCCUUUGGGAAUAUUUUGUCCUGCAAGGUUGUUUGUGACGAGAAAGGCUCAAAAGGCUAUGGCUUUGUCCACUUUGAGACACAAGAGGCAGCAAACCGUGCCAUAGAAACCAUAAAUGGGAUGCUUUUGAAUGAUCGCAAAGUUCAAGAGGCAGGGAGUGAGUUGGACAUGUUCAAGCGAAAGGGCCAUUUCCUGGGUGAAAAAUGUCAGUUAUCCCUGAGUAGAUUUGUGGGCCACUUCAAGUCCCGGAAGGAAAGGGAGAGUGAGUUUGGGGCCAAAGCCAUGAAGUUCACCAAUGUCUACAUCAAAAACUUCGGGGAAGAAUACACUGAUGAAAAACUCAAGGAACUUUUCUCUAAGUUUGGUAAGACCCUCAGUGUGAGAGUGAUGAAGGAUGAGAGGGGCCGUUCCCGUGGAUUUGGCUUUGUCAACUAUGGGAACCACAUGGACGCUCAAAAGGCAGUUGAGGAGAUGAACGGAAAAGAUCUGACUGGGAAAAUCCUUUACGUUGGUCGAGCACAGAAGAGGACAGAGCGACAGGGAGAACUCAAGCGCAAAUUUGACCAGAUUAAACAGGACCGCAUACAGCGCUACCAGGGAGUGAAUCUGUACGUGAAGAACCUGGAUGACACGAUUAAUGAUGAGAGACUCAGAAAGGAGUUUUCCCCUUACGGGACUAUUACCAGUGCCAAGGUUAUGACGGAUGGAUGCCAGAGCAAGGGCUUUGGCUUUGUGUGUUUCUCAUCACCUGAAGAAGCAACCAAAGCGGUAACUGAGAUGAACGGGCGUAUUGUUGCAACCAAGCCGCUGUACGUUGCACUGGCUCAACGCAAGGAGGAGCGCAAAGCCAUCCUCACCAACAAGUACCUGCAGAGACUGUCCACCGUCAGGUCCAUGCCAAGCCCCAUCAUUGACUCGUACCAGCAGACCGGCUACUAUGUCUCUACUGUGCCACAGCCUCCUAGCCGCUCAUUCUACAACCCCAGUCCGGUCAGUGGAAUCAGAGCUGCGCCUCGCUGGACCACACAGCCACCUAGAGCUCAAGGUCCUUACUCUCCCCAGCUGGUGGGAGCAGCCAUUCCUAGGCGUACGGCCACACCCAUUGCAACGGUCAGGCAGGCUUCCACCCAAGUUCCUAACGUGAAGUACCAAAAAACAACUAAUAUUGGAACCCAGACAAUGGGCGGCCGGAAUGACUUUGCUGCCAGAGGCGGCCAGUACAAGUACUGCCCAUCCAUUAGGAAUACCAUGCAGGUCAUUACUGUCCCUGUGUCUAUGGCAAGACUGCAGGCCGUCCCUAUAUCUUCAAUGGAGCCUGCUGUGCAAAUCAGAGGCCAGGAGCCUCUCACCGCCUCAAUGUUGGCCUCCGCUCCUCCCAUGGACCAGAAACAGCUUCUGGGUGAGCGGUUGUACCCGCUGAUCCAGGCACUUCACCCCAUUCUCGCUGGGAAAAUCACUGGGAUGCUGCUGGAGAUUGAUAACUCGGAGCUGCUUCACAUGCUGGAGUCCCCCGAGUCGCUGCACUCUAAGGUGGAGGAGGCGGUCGCUGUGCUUCAGGCUCACCAAGCACAAGAAUGCUCUUCCAAGUAAAGAACCUCUUCAGGUCCGCUGCCACUUUUUAGGAUUACAUCAUUCCAGGUUCUAGUAUUGCUGCUGUCUUGCCUCAAGUUUUCCGUAGUCACGCUUCCUGGACUUCUCCAGUGUUGUUUUCCAUUACCCUCACUAACACCACUCCCUUUGGUUUUGUACGGGGUAAUAGAAGGGCUCUAAUAAUAUCAGUGAUAUUUUUUGCCGAUGCUUGUAAGGGUUUGCUGCGAUAUAAACUCACAUUAUCGAACUGAGUUUAUUUAUGUUUCCCCCUCAGACAGACCUCUGAAUGAAGAAGUUGAAAAGUAAAUCAGAAAAAAAAAUAGUAAAAUGUUAAAGGAAAACUAAUUGGUACUUUGAUUGUAAGUGUUCAAUUUAAUUAAGAAGUUUGUUAAACCAUUUUGCUGUUGCAAUGGUACCUUUGUUUGAUUAAAAAAAACUGCAUAAUAA